GGCAUAAAGAUUUAUUUAAGCCAUGUGGGAUACUGUUGAGCUUUUGGUCUGUGAUGAUACAGGAAGUGGUCAGCUAAACUUACAUUCCAGACAAGAAUGUGGAAGUGCGCUGUAUCAAAUAAACACACUCGUUAAAAUCACCUCUUCUGAAAAGGUUUUGUCGAACCCAAAGUUAUAUGGCUGCUCCUCCAGUGAUGGAUGUGUGUUGGUGGCUGACAGAACAGUGGUGGUGCUUGAUAAUAUUUGCCAGUCUCUUAAGAUGUUUCUUCAGUUUGAGACUGAGGUGGAAGUUGUUGGAUUGUGUCAAGAAGCACAGUUUCUUGUGAUUGGGGAGAGAAGUGGAAACCUACAUCUGAUUCAUGUAUCAUCAAAGCAAACCUUGUUAACUAAUAUGUUGGUUCAAAGAUCUUCAAAUGACAGGACUUAUCUGAAUCUUAUUCUAGAAAAAGAUAAUGGAGAUACAGGAACCUACCAUGCAUUUAUUCUCACAAACAGUGGCUUCUUCUGCAUUAUGCACCUCCCAUUUGCCAAAACUCAGGAAGCAAUUGACAAGCUGGACUUCAGUACUGCAAAGAAGUUACAAGGGCAGGUAGAAACAUGUUUUAUUUCUACAAAAGACUAUCACACCAUUGGCUGCCUGACUUCCACAACUAAGCACACAACUAACAAUAUCACUUUGAUAAUAGGGGGUACAGGUGACUGUGUGAUGUCUGUCUGGGAGGUGAAUCCUAACAAAAGGCAGAUAAACAUUCAAAGUGUUGCUGAUUCAAGUUUGAUUGAAGCUGCAAAAAUGCUUCAGGUUGUAGACGAAUUAUUGUUUGUCUUGGAUAAUAAGAACGUUUUGUCUUUGUGGAAUAUUUGCACUCUUACCAUGAUUUGGAACUGUGGUUCUGUUCAUAUGGAAGAAUUUCUUCUGAUUUCAGAAUCGGAUUUUUCAGCAGCUUCAGGACAGGGGAUUGGCAGUCUUAAACUAGUUGCUUUGACAAACCCUGGUGAUGGCAAGCAGACGAGGAACAUCACGGUGUUUUCACUGCCUACUAUGCACCAGCUCUAUUCUUUGGAAACUACUGAUGUUUCUUCAUUGAUUCAGAGUGGAAUAAAUACGGAUACAAUUUACUUUUUGGAAGGGAUGUAUGAAAAUAACCAAAGGGCAUCAGACCACCCAGUCUCACUUCUGGUAUUGAGAUGCUUAACUGAAGCCUUGCCUGAGAACAGACUGAGCCGUUUACUUCACAGGCACAGAUUUACUGAAGCUGAGAAUUUUGCUCUUCAAUUUGGACUGGAUGUUGAGAACGUAUACAAAGUGAAAAUGAGCACUAUUUUGGAGAGAUUGGCUUCAGAGUCUGUUGCUGGAGAUUGCCAGUCAGCCUGGCUAGAACCUGUGGCUCAAGCUAAAGAAAUCCUGGAUAAAAUAAAGGAUAACCAGUUUGUGACCGAGUACUGCAUAAAUACACCAUGGCCAACAUAUGAAAGUGCUCGGGAAAUGCUGAACUAUGCUAGAACCAGGAUCCUGAAGAGAAAUGACAAUACUGUUGCCCCUUUCUUGAUUGGGGACCCAGCAUCUCUUACAAAGGUGAUGAAGACACAAGCAAAGCUAACUACAUUUUGUGGAGCAUUUGGAUCAGAGAUGUUCAGUGGAACUGCUUGGUUAGAAUUUCUGAACAAUGAGGACCUCUUCAGGGACAUCCUUUUACAGAUAAAAGAAGGAAAUCUUAUGUCUGCACAGUACCUCUGGCUAAGGCAUCAGGAAGACUUCGAAAGUGACUUUAAUGUGAAAAUGCUGGACAAGUUGCUUAAUACAAUCCCUGCAACAGUUCCCCUCAAAGAACUAUGCCUGUGGUUUAAGGAUGUUAUCAUUCCUUUUGUAAGGCGUGUUGCACCCAAAGGACAGAAAAAAAUAGCAAAGUGGCUGGAAGAAAGAGCACGAAACCUUGAGUUAACUGACAAGGCCAACUGGCCAGAAAAUGGACUUGAAAUGGCACAGGUGUUUUUUAUCAGCAAAGAUCCAGGUGAAAUUGGAUCUGCAUCUUCCUGGCAUGGAGUUUCUUUGGACAAUGAUGGCGAGGAAGUACAUAGUUUAGCAGAAUUAGUCAGUGCUCUACAGGGCUUGGUGGACCUCUAUAAGAAAUACAACUGCAGGCUGGCCCUCUGCGACUUUGAAAAGGAAAAUGCAAAUACGAUUGUGUUUCGUAUGUUUGAUCAAGUACUUGCAGCAGAACUCAUUCCAGCUACCUUAGAGAAGUAUAUUGAACCAUACAUGCACCAUCAUAAUCUGGAAAAAGAUGAAAUACUUUUGCAGUACAUAAAGGACUUACUGGAGCGGUAUUGUAAACAGUCGACCUCUGUCUUUGACACCACGUGGGAAGCAAAGGCCAUCGCCGUCUUGAGCUGCAUGUCCAACAUAGAUUUGAUCUUUGAAGGCGUGCUAGCAGUAACAUACAGUGCUGUGGUUCCUUGGAAUCCAGGAGUGGAACAGCUGGUUCAACAGUACCUGGACAUGGACCAUGACAAGGUGAAGCUUCUGCAAGAAAGUUAUGAUCUAAUGCAAAUGAAGAAACUUUUGCAGAGCUACGGUAUAAAAGACACAAAUCUUUUAAAUGAUAAAGAUGAGAUGAUGGUGGUGGUGAAGUACAUUCUGCGACAAGACUCUGCUACUUCUUUACAAGAUUCUUUGAAAAUAGCAAAGGCAUUUAUGUGGCCAAUCUCAGAUGUCUAUAUGUGGAGGAUUGUGCUACUUAUUGAUAAAGAAAAGGGGGAUGAUAUUAUAAGUUUAUUAAAAACACUGCCUCCUGCUGAAGCUGUGGAAAUCGGAGAUAGAAUGUUGAUGUGGGGAAGACUGACAUUAGAGAAAGAAACAGAUGACUCUGAAGAAAAGAAAAUGCAGCUGUAUAUUAAAAAAAUUCUUGGGGAGAUCCUUGAAUUCCUACUUAGUUGUCAGAAAGAAAAUACUUUGAAAAAAGAGGAAUAUGAAUCAUACUUUGAAUUGUUUAAAACUCAUGCAGCCUUACAGGAGAAUUUUAAUACCUGUACUUUGUUUGGAAGUCAUUGGAAUCAAUUAUCAGUAUCUCAGCUCCCUGAGAAAAUUGAAGGAAAAGAGUCCAGCUUACAAGAUAUCAGCCUGAAGAAACCGUUGUCCCAUGAGAUGGCCUUAGAACUGGUACCGAGAGCAUUAGAUGCUGGAAAAAUUGAAGAGGCACUAAAUAUAUGCAGAGAUUUUUAUGAAGAUCGUCGUAAUGAACAAACAGGACAGUUGCUGUUCUUAGCAUGUCAAAAACUUUGUCAUAUGCUGGGUUCUAGUACUCCGAUGGUUAUGCCAAAAGGAUUAAAUCUUCCAGCUGUGGUCCAUGAAAUGGCAUGUCAAGCAGUUACUAUUUGCAGUCCAGAUCUGAUCUUAGAUGCAUUGGAGCUUUGCAAACACACCUCAAUUGCCCAUGAAGUUUAUGGAAAGUGCCAAACUGAGGACUCUGGAUCUACAUCAAAGACAACCUGUUUUGGAGCUGAUAAAGACCCUUAUGUAGAGUGGAUGUUCGAUGACUUUUUCACUGAAGAUGGAGCAGUUCUGGACCUGCCCUUUGUGCUGCCUUCUGCAUAUGAAGUUGCUACAUCUCUAGUGCCCCAAGCAGACAGGAAGAUGUAUCCUCUGGACUCAAACAGUUUGGCACAUUGUCCAUUCAAACAAGGAAUGGAUGUUUGCCUACCGUGCAGGAAUCCCAACUUUGUUCUGCUCCGCAGCUUACAAGAAUUUGGCCAAUUAGAGUUGGCUUUGGGGCUAACUAUCUCCGCUUUUGGGUCAUUCUUGCAGCAUAUAACAUCAAACAGCGUGGAAAUUAGUCUGUGUGAAAAGCUGUAUGACCAGAAGACACUGGAUGAUUGCAGAACAUUCUUCUUAACAAUGAUUCCAAGUUCUACCUCACUAAUUAAAAACAUCGUUAUGGCCCUAUUGCACAAGGUUUUCAACAGCCGCCAAAUAGACCUCAACCUUGCACUGGGUUACUGCACUUUGUUGUCCAGAGAUGAUGUAUUUAAAAAGCUCUGGGACGUCAUAAAUAACACGUCACAGAAUUACAGCAAGAUUCUGGCAGUUGGUCUUGUUGGAGUGCAGCUAGCCAGUCACUACUAUGAUGAGACAAACGAGAAACAAGCAUUUGAAGAAUUAAUCACUGAUGCUGAAUGGGGUAUUCAGUUUGGUAAACUUGGUAUCUCUUUCCAGGAUUUAUUUAGAAUGCCCUCAGUAAGGAAGAAAGAGCUUCUAAGAACUUUGGUACAGCAUCCAAAUGUGGAUACAGAUCUCAUACUAAAAUACUGCAGCGCUUACCAGUUGGAUACUGAUUCAGCUUUGCAGCUUUGCAUUGAAACACACCUCCAGAAUGCUAGUAUGAGUCAUGCUGAAGGGUAUUUGGGGGAGCAUUCUGGGAAGCAGACUCAGGCAUUGGUAGUGGCCAGAGCUGCAGAAACAAUCCCUCUUCUGAAAAGCACUACCAACUUGGUUACAAGCCUCAGUGUAAUGUUGCACAAGCUUGAUCCAUAUGACUACGAAAAGAUUGAAAGUCUUCUGACAAUCAUAGAAAAGGCUGGUGUGGAAGUAGCAGGCAUCUCUGUGAAUCAGGCCCUGAAGCUCUUAAAACACCUGAAAUCCUAUAAAAGAAUUUCCACUCCUGGAGAUCUGGAACAUCAGUAUGCUUUUGAACAAGCCAUUCCUUUAUCACCAGCUGCUCAAACCAGGCUGCCUUUCCACUUGAUCUUCUUUAGAACAUUGCGGUGUUUCUGGAAAAUCAUUUAUCCAGAGCUCAGUGAGGAAUCAUUCCCAAAGAUUCUCUUGAUCUCCAAACUCUUGAAGGUUUCGCUGGAUACCCUCUACACAUCCGCAGCUAACCACCUGUUCGAAGAGAAACUGAAGCCGAAAAUGCUGGAACUGGCAAAAAGUGGAUAUUUGCUGACAUCUAACAAGGAGGUUGCCAAGGCGAUGCAGAGCAUUCAGUCUGUCUUGCUGUCUAUAGCUAAUCCAGAGUGGGCUUCAGCGCUCGCCCACAAGAUCUUGCAACAACUUCCAGCAGGAUCCAUCAAGGCCCAGACUUUGAAAUUCUGUUGCAGUCUAGCUGAAACAUGGCUGAAGAAUACAAAUGUGACGGAUGACUCUCGUGAAAAGGCCCGAGUGCAUCUGAAGAGGCUGCAGGUGCAACACCAGAGAUCUGCUACUGAGGCUGUACUUGCAGAGCACAAGCUGCACUCUGAGAGCCAUCAGAAGCUCGUUGGAAAACCUGCACAUCUGGUUGUUUUGCUUUAUCAGCACAGCAGCAUAUCUGAAAGAUUUCAGAAUCCAUGUGGCAAAAAUUACCCAGAUAUCCAUGCGUUGGCUAAAGAAAUAGCUGAAAUUAACAACUUGGAUAUGGAGAAAAUACGGAAUAUGCUAUUAGAAAAAUGGCUAUGUCCAAGUGUGCCACCAACAGACGUUUUCGAAAAUAUCCAAGAUGAAGACUUUAAGAGAGUUCUCUAUCUCUUACAGCUUGGCCCAGUGGAUAACAACUUGAGAAUCCUUUAUGAAUGUACAGUAUCCAGAACUUCUCCUAUUGGAGUAAGCAAGUUGACCUUUGCUCACAGAAGCCGGGCUCUCAAGUGUCUGCUCUGCCUGGCGGACCCUUGUGCUGUUGAGACCCUCUUCAAAAUGCCCCUAGAGGAAGUGAGGAAUUUCCUGAAAUGCUUAAUUUUCCUUGCUCAGUUUGAAAUUCUGAAUAUCCCAUACACCUACUCAACGUUUCAAAGCACUCCCAAGGAAGGAAUGAUCAAAGGCUUGUGGAAGAACCAUAGCCACGAACCCAUGGCAGUGAAACUUGUGGCAGAACUUAGCUUGGAAUAUAAAGUGCACGAUCGUUUACUCUGGAAUGGUUUGCUUCAGAAGCUGAUUAGUUUCAACAAGGUUCAUUAUCUGAAGAAGGUUUUGACAGAGAUUACUGGGAUCUAUUCCUUAUGGCAGAUUCCAAACUUCGUCCUAGCUUGGCAGAGUGUCAUCCUGGCGCCGUGCCUUUCAGCUUCACAGCCACCAAGUGCUGAUCAGCUUGAAGCAUGCUAUGAGUCUUUCGGAACAUUAUUGAGGUGUCCUCUCAUGGCUGAUCUAGAUCUGGCUGGGAUUGCAAAGCAGUAUGCCCAGUUAGACCUGCAAGCUUUGGCCUUGGGGUGUCUGUUGCUGAUUCCACAACCUGAGAAAAGAGCUCAGCAGAUUCAGGGCUUCCUAUCCUUAUGUCAGCUUGGGACUGUGUUACUGCAAGUAGAGGAGCACAUGAACCAGGGUAUAGUAGCUGGCGUUGCCAUACAGAUUAGAUGUCUGAUUUUAGACUACAUCAUAAAUGAGAAGUGUGAAGAGUUUCUAACCUCAGAAUACAUUCCAUUCUUGAAGUUGCAAGAGAUUCAUCCUGGGAAACUUAAAAGCUUGGUAGAAAAACUUGUAGAAAGGAAUAGGAUGGAUGAUGCAGCAGCCCUAAUAAAAGGGUAUCUCACAACAUCUGGAACUCCUCUUCCAGAGGACAGGACAUCUUCAGAUGUUGUGAAGAUGUACUUCAACGAGCUGGCGUAGAAGUCUUGGGUCUCAUUAUCCUGUAUAUUUAUGCUUUUUGUAUU